AUGAUCAUCUCCCCCACCGCCACUAGAGCGGCCGUCGUGCUGCUCUCGCUCACGUCCCUGACCAUUGCAGCCACGGGCAGUGGACACACCACGCGGUACUGGGACUGUUGCAAGCCAAGCUGCUCGUGGUACGGUAAGGCCAAUGUGAACCAACCCGUGGAAACCUGUGAGGCUGACAACAGCCCACUGAAUAACCCGAACGCGUGGUCGGGUUGCGAUGGCGGUCCGGCUUUCACUUGUGCGAACAUGUCGCCAUGGGCGGUGAAUAAUAACUUGGCUUAUGGUUUUGCCGCCACGACUAUUCAGGGCCAUAAUGAGUCGAGUUGGUGCUGCGCUUGCUACAAAUUGCAGUUCACCUCGGGUAAUCUGAGCAACAAGACCAUGAUCGUCCAGGCAACGAACACGGGGAGCGACUUGGUCUUGAAUCAAUUCGACCUUCUAGUCCCCGGAGGGGGCGUGGGUGCCUUCGACGGCUGCAGAGAGCAGUACGGCGGGCCCUUCCCUGGCCAGCAGUACGGCGGCGUCUCGCUGCGGUCCGAGUGCGACAGCUCCAGCAUGCCCGCAAUAUUGAAGGGCGGGUGCAAUUGGCGAUUCGACUGGUUCAUGAACGCGGACAACCCGACCGUGAACUUCAAGCAGGUCAAGUGUCCGAAUCAGCUGACCGAAAUCUCAGGGUGCGUCAGGGACGAUGAUUGGAUGUUUCCAAUUCCUUGA